AUGGCGCAGGACCCGAGUGAUGGAAUUGAUCAGGAGCUGCUGAACCACGCCCAUCUUAUAUCUGCCAACCACUAUGCCGAUCAGGCACGCGUCGAUUUGAACCAAGUCACGAAAUGGCUGAUGGCCGCACCUCAAGUCGCGAAAGACAAGGCUCCAUUCUUCUGGACCUACCUUGAUCGACCCCGCGACGGCCAAGUUUACCUCACAUGGCAACCCCUCAAGAGACUCGGAACAAAUUUCGCAAGUGAUGGAAUGAUCUGGGGCCCAGAGCAAUACCAUAGACAGGAUGUUGGGAAUGGACUUUCUCUCGAGAUUCAUUACGUCAAAUCAGGAUUCAUUCCUGGAGAGCAGGUUGCCAUGCAUGCGCGUCGUAGAUUCCGCCUUGUGCCUUCGCAGACUGGUGUGAUGAAUGCGCCACAGCCAGACAUCAGUCUCUGGAUCGUGCAUUACGGUCCUUCGGAUCCUCCUGAUCGCGUUCCGGUCAAUCUGAUUCCCGUCUCUCAAGAAACACAGCAUAUUAUGGCGACUCGUAAUCACCUUCAGAAGUGCGGUCAGAUUGCCCGCAAGGAUUUCAUGCUUUCGGAUCGCGCCAGCUGGCCCCAAAUCCAGUUCCCCCGUAACGGUGGACGACCACAGAUGUAUAACCCGCCGGCGCAGUCGCGGCGUAUUCCGCAGCAGAUGGCCUAUCCUCCGACUGGUCCCCAGGGUCGCCGAGGUCGCCAACAAGCGCAGGCGCAGGCUCAAGCCCAGCAGCAUCAACAAGCUCUCGCUCAUGCUGAGGCUCUGCAUGAUGAUGAGGAGCUAGAGAAAGAUCUCUUUGAUCACUUGACCCCAAGAGACAUUUCUUUUGCGCGAUACCAGCAAAAUCAUGAGUGGAUGGAGGAGAUUGUGUCUUCCCCUUACGGUCUUAGUCAGAUUGUACCUCCUGAUCUUGGUCUUGGGCUCAAGGGAGAACUGGCGUCUCUGACUGACGGCAUCUUCCCUGCACAGGGUGCGGAUGCGCUCACUGAACCACCUCAGAAGCCGUACAUUGGGCGGCUAGAACCUGGGCUGGCCGACGAGUUUAGAAAGAGGGUCCGGGAGCAUCUUGACGCGACAAAGGCCGAGAUGGAGAAGAUGAAGGCGGAGCAUGCGAAAAACUUGGCUAGCCUGAAGGCGAGCUCGGUGUUCGUGGAUGCCGAGAAGGAUAUCAAGAACUCUGUUCAGGAGCAUGGCCCAGAGCCGUGGCGCAUUGAGGGUCACUACACAGACUCGGAGGAUAACUCUGGCCCAUGGUCACAAAAGCACAACAAGAAGGUAGAUGAGAUUGUGGCCCAGGUCGAAGGCAAUCUCGGCCGACAAAUCGAAGUCCUUCACAAUGUCCACCGGAUACAAGACGGUGGGUUCCAGGAGCCUGCUCCGGAGCCCGUCAAGGAGCCCUCGCCCGUCCCGCCGCCGGCAAGCUCUCUCCCGCCAGCGGCCGGCGCUGAUGCAGGUGCUUUGGGAUCGCGACGACCAUCCCAGGCUGGCUCUACUCAUAGUGGGGUGAUGGUGGGUGACUCGGAUAUCGACAUGGGUGGCACUGCGGCAGGACUCCUGGAUGAGAUGCAUACCGGGUUCUCUGCCAACUCCACUCCGCUGAACAACUUUCCCACGCCGCAAACUCACAUGUCUGCUCUCAACUCCACGGCCGGAACCCCAGCCAACGCGAACGCUCCUUCGCCUGCACCAGUUCCCCCAACCAUUCCUGAGGAGACCGAGACUCAGGCUUCUGCGGGCGCUUCUGCUGGCGCUGGAGAGGAUGUCACAAUGGGCAACACGGACGCUACCAAGAAUACGCCUGCCACCGCGCCCGACCAUGGGACCGGCAGCGGGGAGUGGGUGGUUGUGCCUAAAGGGGGAACAUCGCCUGAACCCGGUGCCGGUGCUGCCACCAGCACAGGCGCGACUGAGGGUGAUGAGCCCAAGGCAGCUGCCAAAAUUCCAUCGGCCGCCGGAACGCCAGCGGAGACUCAGACGCCUGGUGGAUUUAGUUCUCUGGGCGACCUCGACUCUGCCGGUGACGCGAUGGCUAGUUAUGGAGCAUCCAUGGCAGACGGCCUUGACAUGAACAUGGAGAUGGAAGACUCUGCCUUUGGCGAUGCUUUCCACGGCGUGUCUACCAACACGCCAGGAAAUCAGUCCGAGGGUGGUGCCUAA